ACAACACAAAAUACAGUUUACAAAGUAUACGUUCAUAGUUUGUGUUUAAAAAUCAAAUGAUAAAUCUAAGUCGGUAUGAAAUUAACAUUUGAGUUUUUUUACAGUCAGACGCGGAUUGAUACGUGAAUAACCCUGUAUAUGGGAUGCAAAAAUACAGGGAACCAGAAAUUUACCAGCUUUCACCCAACUUCUCCGUUUAAAAUUUAAAAAAUAUUUUCGAUUUUUUUCAAAAACUUUCUAACAAAAUAAAAUAAAUGUUGGCACAAAUUCCGGCUCUUAAACCGGAAAAUAUCGCACAAGCCGUAGUGUACGUGCUAGGGACGGAGCCCAACGUCCAGGUGAGCGAGUUAACGAUUCGUCCAGUGGGAGAUCAGUUCUAAAUAAAUCGCAACACUAAAAUUUGUUUUUUUUAUUCUCUAAUCACUGUGAAAAAAGUUGUAGGUGCAAUAAUUGAUCAGCAAACGUAUAAUAAAAUAACUUCCAUUAAUUUUGUGUUUUUUUCUUACCCGAUUUUCACAUCUGACUCACAGGACCAAAAAAAUUAUUAAUACAGGGUUAUUCACAUAAAACUCUGAUCAAGUAGAAACAACACAAAAUACAGUUUACAAAGUAAAUGUUCAAACUUUGUGUUUAAAAAUCAAAUCAUAAAUCUAAGUCGGUAUGAAAUUGUCAUUUGAGUUUUUUUACAGUCAGACGUGGAUUGAUACGUGAAUAACCCUGUAUAUCGGAUGCAAAAAUACAGGGAACCAGAAAUUUACCAGCUUUAACCCAACUUCUCCGUUUAAAAUUUAAAAAAAAAAUUCGAUUUUUUUCAAAAACUUUUUAACAAAAUAAUCGCUGUUUUUUUUGUUUUGCAUCGUAGUGAUUACUGACCUUGGCCAUUCGAGUUGAUUUAAAAAAAUCGUCUAUUCCAGUUUCAAUUUACUUAAAAAAACAUGUGUUUUGAAGUUAAAAAAUGCAAAUAAUUGUAUAACAUCCAAACAUACAGGGUCUAUAAUAAAAACGCGACAGUUCGAAUUGAAUUAAUUAAAAAAACGUUCGACAAGAGAAGUUUCGCUUAAAAAAAUGCAUUUUUUCAGAGUUUAAAAAAAUUUAUUAAUACAGGGUUAUUCACAUAAAACUCUGAUCAAGUAAAAACAACACAAAAUACAGUUUACAAAGUAUACGUUCAAAUUUUGUGUUUAAAAAUCAAAUCAUAAAUCUAAGUCGGUAUGAAAUUGUCAUUUGAGUUUUUUUACAGUUAGACGCGGAUUGAUACGUGAAUAACCCUGUAUAUAGGAUGCAAAAAUACAGGGAACCAGAAAUUUACCAGCUUUAACCCAACUUCUCGGUUUAAAAUUUUAAAAAAAAUUUCGAUUUUUUUCAAAAACUUUUUAACAAAAUAAUCGCUGUUUUUUUUUUGUUUUGCUUCGUAGUGAUUACUGACCUUGACCAUUCGAGUUGAUUUAAAAAAAUCGUCUAUUCUAGUUUCAAUUUACUUAAAAAACAUGUGUUUUAAAUUUAAAAAAUGUACAACAUCUAGGCAUACAGGGUGUAUCACAAAAACGCGACAGUUUGAACUGAAUUAAUUCAGUAACCGAGUCGUCUUGUCACGCUCCAGACUUGUUGAACUUUUCUGGUCGAAAAAUGGAACGUUGGGAGGGUAAAGUGGCAAUAGUGACAGGUGCCAGUAUUGGUACAGGACCCACUUUAAUGAAAGCUUUGGCCGAGAAAGGGAUGAAGGUGAAAAAAACAAGCAAACUCGCAUUAAUUCAUAAUUUUUAUUUAUUGAUCAGUUAUUAAGUUUUAUCAAUACCACCCUGACUUUGCCUGAUAGGUAGUAGGCUUGGCGCGUCUCACGCACCGCAUCCAGGACCUCGGCUCCACUCUCACCAACGCAUGCGGUCAAAUCCUGGCGUUAAAAUGCGACAUAACAAAGGACGAAGACGUUGUCAAAACUUUCAAUUAUAUUUUAGAAAAGUUGGGGCCAGUUCAAGUCCUAAUCAACAAUGCUAGCUUAAGCCGGUCCACAACUCUCAUAGAUGGCGCCGCGAAAGAAUGGCGGCGCGUUUUUGACGUCAACGUCAUGGCACUCUGUAUUUGCACCCGUGAAGCUGUCAAAAUCAUGCGAAGGUGUAAUGUCGCAGGUCACGUGAUCCAUAUGAACUCAAUCGCCGGCCAUAUUGUCCCCAAUAUGGCCGAGCCAAGUCUCAAUGUCUACCCGGCCUCGAAGUUUGCCGUUACGGCCCUGACCGAAAGUCUACGACAGGAGUUACGAACCACUCGAAGCUUGGUUAAAGUCACAAGUAUAAGUCCGGGCCUGGUUAGAGACUUGGAAGAUGAAAACGAUUCGAAAAAUUUCGAUAUUCCGGCCCUUAAACCGGAAGAUAUCGCCGAUGCGAUUCUCUACGUUUUGGCGACAGGGCCACAUGUUCAAGUGCAUGAGUUGACCAUUCACCCCCUUGGUGAACUGUUUUAAACAACAUUGAUUUGUUAAUCAAUUUGUUAAUUUUUUUUUGCGCCAACUUAACAUUUUUUUAUUUUUUGAUUUAUUUUUGGAAAAAAAAUUCUUUUUUUUUUAAUAAUUUUUUUUUGAAAAACCAAGACAAUGCAACGAAUGUCCACUUCUUGCUGAUCACAAAUGUAUUUUUGUUUUCAAAAUUCGAUAACGGGAGAGUUAUCAAAAUGCGAAUUUUGAAAAAUAUUUUGCUAUUGCACUUCUAUAUCUUUUACGAAUGUUUAAUGAACU